UUUCCGAUAGCGCAUUGCUACCACCUGUUCAACGGAGUGGGGACAUUGUUUCGAGAGACGUACCAGCGGACGAAAUUGACAAUGUCUGGCCAUUUCCGAUCUCAUUUUCAGAAAUGACCCUUGGAGUAGGAGAUCACAUUCCACAUAUACCUGGCCGUACUGGCGAAGAGGAAGACCUGUCCACAAUUAUUGGAGUCUCUCCUAAUGGCCAAACGUUUGGCGUAGGACAGCGGGCUGCCUUCUUGCCAAGGACUGUUCCCCUUGCUGGAGCCUCUCUAUAUGAGAGUGAGGACCUGGAUGUGAUGCCAAUAUCAACUUUUCCCUUUGAAUUGACAGACCGCACGCGACAUCUGCAUGGACAUCCACUGGCAGAUACGAACCAAUGCUCAGAACAAGAAUGGGAACAAAUGAAGCCCAUAAUCCAUCGACUGUACCUUGAAGACGGGAAGUCACUUGAUGAUGUUAUGAGCACGAUGAGUCUUGUUUACCAUUUCCAAGCGAGUGUGAAAAUGUAUAAGACCCGGUUCUCAAAAUGGGGAUUCGCAAAGAAUUCCAAACGGUGCGGAAGAAGUGCCCGAAACAGUCAGUAUCACGCUACCGCUCCUCGGCGAAGACAGAAGAGACCAAUUAUCGCAAGCGGUCCUGUCAAAAGCUUCGUUCGAAGACAAAAUCAUUCCCCGACAGCGCCUGCGGCGCUUCUCCAAAGCCCAGACAAGUAUCGCCGCCAGGAGCUCACCGUUCACUGCGUCCAGAACUACAUCUCUGUGCUGUUCCAAAACAGGGGUUGGAUGGCAGAUAUGUUCGGUGUGUUUCCGCCUGCCGGAACUUCUGAUCACAGCGCGGCGUGGCAGCAAGUUAGCGACCAGUGCUUUGGCGCGUCUGUUCUCAUCCAAGGCUCGUCAAUGAAACAGGCUUUCCAGACACUUAACGGUAUCUUCCAAAGCCUCAAGCCCCUCGCUUCGUCCAGUGAACCUAGCAUGAUGGUCAAGUUCUGGCCAAUGUGCCAUAGGCUUCAUGGCAUAUGCGUCGAUAUCAACGACUACCAGCUUCUGUAUACAUUCCUCCGCCAUAUCAGAGAGCUGACAAGGAACUAUCUUGGUACUGAGCAUCCGAUGUUUCUGCUUAUGGACGCCUUAUCUAGCGUAGAAUGGGGCGAGAUGAUUAACACGCUGCGGGUCGGCUAUUUGAAGUCCAUUCACUGCAUGGAGUCAGCCAUCGGUGCUGAUCAUGUUACAGUCCUGUCAAUGUGGUCAAACUAUAUCAAGUAUUGGGAUAGACAAAGUCUGCACCAAGCAGUCUUCAUUGCAAAUUUCACACGGCUUCUAACUGCAGCUGAUGCCCAGUUUGGGAGAAAGUCAGAGAAAGCGAUCUCGGUCUUGCAUGGCUUCACCUAUGCCUCAUUUUACAACUUCGACGACCAGACGUUGAGCCGACAACUAGCAGAAGACUUGCUUGAAAGAACGAGGGAACUUCACAUAAAUGGCGAAUACCAGUGGGGCUUUGAGUCUCAAUCCUUUGCCUUUUCUUCCAAGGUCUUGGCUUUGCUCUGUCUCCGAGAAAACCUGAGAGAUGAGAGUCGAACCUACUUGGCGGAUGCGAUUUCUUGUUUGGGGCAUGGUGAUAGAGAAUGUAAAGUUCGAGCAGUUAUGCUGGCGGAGGACUUGGAAGGCUGGCUGACAAGCUGGAACGACACCUACAGCGCGGAAGUACUAAGACUUCAGCGGAUGAGACUCUUGUCCAUUCUGUCCGAUGGUAAAUGAGGGUUGUGGAAAUCAAUGCAAUCAAUAAUUCUACUUGCGUAUUACUUCCUGGAUUUUCAAGGUUCAAUAUCACCAUCG